AACGUUCCCUUUAAAGAGCCGUAAAUUCCACCUCUAGUGUGUGCUUCAGGUGAGGCUCAUAUUUCAGGAAUGUCUCAAUCGACUCGACUUCCCUGCUCAGAAAAAGACUCAUACGUGCUUGUGAGCCGGACGGCAGCGUUUCCCUCCUCCAUGGACUCUCUGACUAAAGCAGGGAAGGUUUAUCUCCGACCUCAAAAAGCUGGAAAAAAAUGGAAGCCGAUGUGGUUGUCUCUGUUUCCCCCCAGCAGCAGUGGAGUGGGCCGGCUGGAGAUCCAGGAUAUGGGAGCACGCAGUCCAGGAGGGGACCAUGGCACCGGGGUCUGGAGACACCAGCAGCCUUACGGGGACAGGAAAGCGAAGGUGGUCCGACUGUCGGAGCUGAUCAGCGUCCUCAGGCUCCCUCCCAACGCUGAGGCCUGUCCCAUGGAGAACAUGUCAGCGUUCUGUGUGGAGACCCAGGACAGAACCUUGGUGUUUGCUGCUUUUAAAGACGAGUGUGUGGACUGGGUGGGCAAACUGUGUCACAGCACCUUUCAGAGAGGGGCCAGCUCAGAGUCCAACCAGCUUCACGUGGAAGAGAACCAGAUUUAUGCAUCAGCAGAUGACGUUUCACAGUUCUGGGUGGUGAUUCAGAGGACAGAUGCAGCGACCCGAUGUGGCCUGCAGGGGUCAUUCUGGCUGGAGGUGGGACACAAGACACUGCUGCUAAAAGAAACGCAGAAGAAGAACACUGUGAUGGAGUGGCCGUAUGAACUGCUGAGGCGAUACGGGAAGGAUAAGCUGGCUUUAACCAUCGAAGCAGGCCGGCGGUGCAAUUCUGGACCUGGAACCUUCUCCUUUGAGACCCAGCAGGCUGAAAAAAUCUUCUCUCUGAUUCAGAAUGCCAUCAAACUGAAAACUUCACCUUCCACUUCAGGCAACCAAAUUCAGGAGUGUGAGAAAGUCCAGCUGACUAACAUCCGUGCUCAUUCCCCUCUUCCCAAAAUCCCGGACAUGACCAGCAUGGCAGCCAUGCUGGACAGCAAACUGAGGACACAGGACAGGAGGUCUCCUGUGUUUGAGGACUGUGCACCUGCUCUCGAAGGUGUGGUUGGUCAGUCAGAAGGUUCACCUGCUCCAAUCACACUCAUGCCCCUCCCACUGGUCCCAACACAUAACAGAAUCUCUAGAGAUGACCACGAUGGCCGAUCAGAUGGUAUAUAUGCUGAGCCAGCGAAGUGCGUCCUGUCUGCAGCGGCAUCCCAGCCAACCACAGCGCUGUACGUGGAUCCCGCCAGCAUUCUUCCUCUCAAACCUCCAGGCUCCAGAGAAUCCACCUGUCCUCUUUCCGCCUCCACAGACCCACAUCUGGAUUCGGUUUACUCUGAAGUUUUUGACAAAGUCAGUCUAGUGCAGGACAAACUAACUGUCCUCCCGGGCCCAACAAAGUUUUCUGGGGGGGCUGAACCCAUUUACAGUGAGCCAGUGAGCAAGGCAGAAUCAGAGUCUGUAAAAGGUGAAAGCAAACCCGACCCGUUUGCCCACCUGUAUGCUCAGGUGUGCAAAAAACCACCCUCAUCAUCUCUUCCUUCAACAUCCGUCAGCACAUCUGCCUCCUCAGCCACCGCUGGUCCGGAUGAUGUCAUCUAUGAAAACCUGGGAAUCAUUUAAUCAGCUGAUCAGAGCCUCUUGAGACAAACACUGAAUACUGUUAACAUUUUAAACUUCAACAGUUUUUUUUAUUGUUCUUGGUAUGAGUCAAUAUUCUCCCUUAUGAUUGCAUUCAUAUUUUUACUCCUUUUGCUUAAACCAGAUGUACUAAAUAAAUUAAUCCUGUGUA